CCAUAUCAUCAAAAGAGCCAGAACAGAGACUGGACAGAGAGGGCGAAAAAUGGCGAUGAUGCAAUGGUGCAGCGCCGUAGCGCGACGGGUGAUGAUGACGGAGCGAACGGCUUUGACUUUUUCUUCUUCAUCAUCAUUAGGAAGCACGGGAGGGGCGGUUCCGAUAACAUGUGGCCGUGGGGACAAGAGGACGAAGAAAGGGAAGAGAUUUAAGGGAUCAUUCGGUAACUCGAGGCCGAAAAAGGAGAAGAAGAUCGAGCGCAUCAAGGACAGGGUCGAGGUCCCCAGGUCCACCCCUUGGCCUCUUCCCUUCAAGCUUAUCUGAUUUUACCUUCGCUCUCAAAUCUCAAUGUUCUAGUUCUAGUAAUGCUGCCAGUAGUGCUGGUUUUGCAGUAGAUUGUGCACAUUUCUAUUGAGUCUCACUGGUGUUGCAGUUAGGGUUCGAUGCUAUUUGGUUAUGAUAGUAGAUUGUGAACAGUUCUAUUGAUUCUCACUGGUGUUUCAGUUUGGGUUCGAUGCUACUUGGUUAUGAUAGUAGAUUGUGCACAUACCUACUGAUUCUCAAUGAAUCUGUGUUUUAAGUUUUCUUCUUUCAA